UACUGUUAUGUUUAGUAAUGACGUUAUUUCUAGUUAUAUGUUUUGUAACGGAAUUACCUCAACAGACAGAUGAAGGACACUCAACUAAAAUCCUGAACUAUCAAACGUUCUUCCAUGAAAAUCCCAGGGUUUUGCUGUUGACAUAUUGGAGAAGUGGGUCAACGUUUCUUGGUGAGAUGCUCAGCUAUUAUCCAGACACAUUCUAUAGGUUUGAACCAUUUAUGUACCUCAACCUUCUUGGACACGUUGAUUCUAGUCAAGCACUGGAGGCAGUACAAGUCUUAAAACACCUACUACUCUGUGAUUAUACAAACGCCCCCCAAUAUUUCCAAUUAGUUAAGAAAGAGGAAUGGAACAGUGAUACUUUACUCAAGCUCAAAAACCAAUCGUCUCCUUGUCACGCAUAUCCCAAAUCUCUCUGUGCUUUUCGUAGAAACACGUGGGACUGCCUACGAAACCCAACAGAGUUGUGUUUGAAGACAGGCCUGUUAGAGAACGCUUGUAGAAACGCAAGGCUACUCAUAAUCAAAACUGUUAGGUUAAGACUGAGACACGCGAUAGAACUUUUGAAAGACAAAAAAGUUCCAAAUUUACAUGUCAUUCACCUAGUUAGAGACCCAAGGGGGCUGAUAGCCUCUCGCAAGCAGAAGAGGUGGUGCAUAACCCCCGACUGUCGUGAUCCUCGGUUCCUGUGUCGAAGUUUACAGGAUGACCUGUUGAUAGGAGAUAUUAUACAAUACAGGUACGGGGUCAAGUACUUGAGAGUGCGUUAUGAAGACGUAGCAAUGCAACCAAAAACCUGGUCGGAAAAGUUGCUUCGUUUUCUAAACUUUCCAAUGCACGAAGAAAUAAACAAGUACGUUAAUCUUCACACAAGAAAAGGAAAUAAUCACACGUUCUUUGAUAACAAAGGACGUCUCCAAUACCCGUUGACUUACAGAGAAUCCAUUAAAACAGCACGCGAGUGGACCAAAAAACUGACAUAUUCUGAACUCCAGACAAUUCAGAAUGUUUGUCAACUUGUGAUACAGAAACUUGGUUACAGAAUGAUCAAAAGGAAAGGUGUUUUAGCUAUAUUAUAA